ACAUCCAGAGGAGAACGAUGCUUCUUUUUCCCAUAUUGACUUAAAUUGCAUCUAACAUUCUUAUAUUACCUGACGGUAUAUAUUUUGGAUAUAACAAUAUGAUAAUAAAAAAGCCAAAAAAACGACCAAUGCAGUAAUUAAAGUUACUAUUACAUUAUAUAUUUUUUUAAAGUAGAUUAUAUUACUUUUUUCAGUACGGUGUUCUUUGCAUGUGUGCCUUCGGCUACCCGCGAUACUGAAACGGAGACCUCUGAAUGUGUUCUGAGUUGUUGGCUGCUAUGGAAAUGUGUAAGACAGUGAAGAAAAGGUUCUCCUUCAGCAUCGAGGAUAUCCUAGCCAAGCUUCCAGAGGGCGAGGGUGAUAGCGAGGACCCCAGCGUGCCGCUCUCUCUCGUGUGUGUGUCUAGAGAACAGACGCACAAAGAGCUGGUGUUGAGCGUGACUCCGGUCUCCUCUCCAGCGGAAUCACAGGACCGCGCGUGCUACUGCUGCUGCUGCACUCGAUGCGCUGCGACUGCUUUGCAAGAUUACCCCGCUGUGACAGGUUGCAAGCUCUGGUCCCGAAGGAUUUUCCCUGGGAGCCCCACAGCGGGGGACCCCCAUCCUGCCAGCCGGGUCGAGGAGCUCUUCUUCAGUCAGAUUCAGAGGCGCACGCGGCGCCACCGGACCAUCUUCACGGAGGACCAGCUGGAGGCCCUGGAGGGGCUCUUCCGGCAGAACCAGUACCCUGACGUGACGACCAGGGAGCAGCUCGCUGUCCGCACGCACCUGCGCGAGGAGAGGGUGGAGGUGUGGUUUAAAAACCGUAGAGCAAAGUGGAGACGACAGAAGCGCGUGUCCCUGGCUUCCAGUGAUCACGAGCGAUGGAGCAUCGUGGAAAACACAGACUGAACCAAACAGAGCGCUUCGGUCAGGCUGCAAGAGGCUGUGCAUUGUGCGUUUCGGGCGUGGAACCUUGGGUGUGUGUUUAUUAUAAUAUUUUGUGUGAAAAGGGGGUUGUUUUAUUGUGUAAUUGCAAACUUUUGUCUGUAAAUAAAAAACAACUUCAGCACUGUUUUUUCUUUCCUCUCAAAUAUAAUGGAUGUGGUCUUGAAAGCGUGUGUUAAACUUACUUGUUGGUCCAUUAAAAAGUAUUGAAAAGGGUGCACUUUUUGGUCAAUUAAAAUAUAUGCUUGUUGACCAAUUUUUUAAAUUGUAUUACCGUAUUGCUUAUCUAUAAUGAACUGUCAUUAUACCUUCCACUAAAUACACCUAGUUUAAGCCACACAUUCAUCAUGUUAUAGCUUGGUGUC